CCGCGUCCGCCGCCACUCCGCGUCCGGACGUCGUGCUGCAUACAUAUAGCGGCUCCCGUUCCAACCUCGGCCAUCCUCUGUCGCUCCUGCAACAGGACACAGCGCCGUGAAAGCCGCUACAGUGACUCGUAUCACCUCGCUCUAGGCUCUCCUGACCGGCCACGAUAUUGUCGCGGAAUCCUUAAGACACAACUCCUCGAGGCAGCAGCAAGACUUCCUGGUCCCGACGGCCUUCGCAAACACCCGUUCAGCAGCAGUAUCUUCUGCGUCGACAUGAACACAUUCGCCCUUCUACAGCUCCUGGUGGUGGCGCUGGCGUCGAGGUCCACUUCCGGCCAAGGCUCGAUCGUCUUCCCGGGCGAUUCGAUCAACGGCACUUCUCCGAUAGCAAUCACGAACCGAUUCCAUCCGAUGCUCACGACAGAACUCAGGUCCUCGACGGCCCCGCUCAAUUGUAUGGAGAAGGUAGGCCAGGACCCCGACUCACCGUGCCUGGAGGACCAAGACUACAAUGAUAAUCUGAAACAGCAUGUGGAGCUCCUGCUGUCAGAUCCCAGUAUUAAUGCGGUCGUGAGAGAUCCCCUGUUUAAACAGAUUUUAAAUGACGAAACAGUGGCGUCCCGCACACGGCCGGUGACGACGCGCCUCGGAGUCUCAGAGACGCCCGUGUGCCAGUCGGAGGAGACACUGAUCUUCCCCAAGCGAGCCAAGUCCGCCAGCAACGAGUGGGUCUUCGUUCUCAACCACGAGAAUGUGGAACAGGCGCUGAGAGUCGAGAAGUGCAUAAACGAGGGCGCGGCUUGCGAGUUUGAGACCCCGUUGCCUUCUGAGAUAAGGACCGUGUGCAGGCAGAAGUACGUGUACCGAAGGAUGCUCACCGUCGGAACCAACAAGAUCCAGCCGGAAGAAGUCCUGAUGCCAUCUUGUUGCGUCUGCUACAGGAAGACUUCUGGCUUCGACAUCGGCUCCCGAACCCGUGUGCCGGGCACCGCCACCGGCAAUCCUAGCGGUUCUCAACCUUUCGUCAGCUCGCAGCCAAUCGGUCCCUCCAGCCAGCCCAUGCUGGCUGCACCGACCAACGCCAACUUCGGAAACCAGCCUGCGCCGCCCUUCAACCGCAGGACCCUCCAUCGACGUGGCUUUUUCGGCCCUGGAAGAGUCUUUUUCAACAACUGGCAAUAAGGAGACAGCCUGCUGAGGCUUGUCCAUCGCUCUCCUCUGCAAGGAUGUAUAUGCUCGUCAUGCAAUGCCUCUCUUGGGAGUGUCUUCCCAAACAAAAGUAGUGAGCAGAUUUUAUGGAUGGCCUUUGGACACAUACAACACUUUGUAUGGUCACGCAGAGUGUGUACAUGUUGUGGUGCCUAUACAGAUACAGUUAUGAUGUAACUUACAUAUACACACGAUAAGGCCUGACCUUUGAAAAAAAAUACUGUUGAUUAUCUCCAGUCUCUCUACUCGUUCACUUUUGAAGCAAGACUUGAUCAUAUGUGUUGCUCAGCUAUCUCACAUUACUAUGUAUAAUAGCUACGUUUUCCAAACUGAAUGGGGUCGAUUUCGCAAACUGUCGGAAAGAAAUUGGAAAGAAGCUUUUCUUCUAUGCUUAUCAAAAAUACUUACAAAAAUCAGGUACAAACUAUUUAUAUUUGUAACGGAUGUAUUAUGUUUUGUUCUCCUUUUUUGUUCUUUUUGUCCCUGAAUGAAACAAUGAACAAAGCUCCCUGAAUAAAGUACUGUCAAACGGUUUCACACUGUCACAGAUGAAAAGGAACAAUAUCUUUUACAGAAGCAUUAGGUCUUGAGUCCGAGAAAUUCAGCAGAUUUCCUAUUUUGCAUUAAUCAAAAAUAAUAGGCAAGCUUUUAGUUCAGUACAAUUUACACCAACAACAAAUAUAUAACAAUAACCUUCAACUUCAGAGCUUGUAAUGAAUAGGGAAAUCAAUAAAUGUGUAGAGAAUAAUUGGGAGAAUAAUCCAUCAGCUUUAAUGUUCUUAUAUAGGAAAGUUUAAUAAAGUAUAUGAAAAUUA